GGUAAAAUGCAUUGGAACGCUGACCCAUCAUCGCAUGUCUGGCCAAUGAAGGAAGGCCCUUGAGGCGACAAGCCCUCAGCGGGGAUUAAUCUUGCUGGGCUCGUUGGUGUUAUCACACGGGCAAGAAAGUGCCGUCGAGAUCUCACCAUAAAACAGUGCCUUCACAGCAAUUAAAUAUACAAUUCGAAAAGCAAAAAACAUGGCUUCCUUCGAGUUUUUUGAAGACAGCGAUGACGGUUCAAUAAGCAUGGAUUUCUGUGCGAAUUCUCACGAAUUAGUCGAGCAAGUGGAUUCAGAGACAGACCAGAAUUCAACAGAUUCGCUUGACUCUCAAGGCGACAUCAAAACAAAUGGAAAUGUAACAACAGAGACUGAAAACACCAAUCCGACUUUCAUUUGCGCUGAUAAAAUAUGGCAGUUCCCUGUUAGCAGCCUGCUUCAGAUGACGAAGGCAAAAUUCAUGUCAAGCUGCAUUGUUACCACAAUGACCAACUUGUCGGCCUCAAGUCUGAAAUCGAGACGAAAUCGAACCUCUUUCACAAGAUACCAAUUAGAAGAAAUGGAGAAAGUGUUUUCACAAACUCAUUACCCUGAUGCUAAUAUAAGACAAGUGAUGUCAGAAAAGCUAGAACUUGCAGAAGGCAAAAUACAGGUUUGGUUUCAGAACAGGAGAGCAAAGUGGCGAAAGAAAGAAAAGUAUUUAGAGCCAAACUCAAGCUCACUUACCGGAGACUGUUACUCAACUAGCGACCCACAGCUAAUUCAACCGCAACCACCAAAUAAUCAAGAUGUCCUAUCCAACAUCGCUGCAAUUCAAGGCACUGAUGGGUAUAGCAUAAUAGCGAAUAUGUCACCUGGUAACGAACAGGCUGUAGGAUAUCCAAUGGGACAAACAUCAACAAACCUCCCUCAAGGAUACUAUUUCGUGCCAUUUGCUAAUGCACCUGCUUUAGCCUCCCAAAACUCAAUUUAUUAUAACCCUGAUUGUGGCCUUAGUAUGUACACAGGUGUUGAUUAUACAUUAGAUCAACAGCAACAGCUUCCUGCUGCAGGAUACCCGCUUUAUGUUAUGCAAGACCCAGUAACAGGCCUACAUCAAGUUUUUUACCAUUACUCGCCAUACAGUUACCCAUAUUUAGGGAGUUCACACGAGGUUACUGCAACAGAGGAUUUGAAAAGUUGCCUUGAGAUGCAUCUGUUCAAAAGUGAAAACAGUACCGGGUUGUGUAGUGGUGACGUUGACAAUGAUAGUGAUUGCAAACAUGUGAUUGAUAACAGUGAAGUAAGCUCGAGCUGUGACUCAGGCUUCUACGACAAAGACUCCCCGUCAAAUGAAGCUGUUGACGAAUCAACAUCCGAAGGCUUUCAAAGUUUGCCUACAGACUUUUCGUCUCCACAGCAGAGUGAAUCCGAGGCAUCUCCAACAGGACCGGCAUUUUCAGAUGCGGAAGAUAUCAUUGUUGAUUUGAAUAAAUCUAUAGCCAAGGAAAAAGAUUUGAAAUCGACCCCAGUGACAAAUGAUAUCUCGAUUGUUUCUUCGGCAGUUUUAGGCACUGAAUUGAAUGUAAAGAAAAAUUCAAAAAGCAGUAAUGCAAUUGAAAUUAAACAGAAAAUUGUGAAUAGAACAGCAAAUGACAGCUCUGGCUCUGAUAAAUCUUCAAUAAUUGAGAAUGGGGAAAAAUUUACUCCCACGGAUAUUAACGUUGAUAAGUUGGAAAUUUUUACAGAAUGUAGUUGUAGCUUCGACCAUGACGAUGCUGAUGACAAAGAUUCUUUAGAGAAUUACGUUGAAUCGUUGAUGAAUCAGGAAGAUACAACAGACAAGCAGAUCCCAAAAAAGAAAUGCUGCAAGCAUUCUUCGCCUGCCAAGAACCAUCCUCAAAAAUCCUUUUUUGGAGCCGAAAACAAGGUUCUUUCUACUAGUGAGAGUAGAUCUUCUAAACUUAAUUUCACUGAUGACAGUCAUUUAAAGUUUUAUAAAGGCAAGAUCAAAUCAGAACCAUUAAAUAGUCCAGAAUCAGUGGGAAAUACUGACAUUUUGUAUACAAUAUUUAACUGUAACGAAAAGAAAGAUAUCGAAGAGCGAUUACGGCGCUCGCAGAAAGACCUCCAACAGCUGAACUUCGACGAUGAAGCACAAACACUUGGUAAAUCUUCAAGAACCAAGGUCGAUUCCAAUUCAGAUAAUUUAACGACGAAACCUCUCGAGUCGACUAGUAACGAUAAACGAAAGGAAGAUUCAGUAUUUGAUUCUUCGCAGAAAAUACUUGUAGACGAAGACCAUGGGACUCUUCACGAGAGCCCCAGAAAGAGGCAGCGGUUAAGCAGCCUCUCUUUGGAACACUGUAUUAGCUCCUGCCACGAGGCAUGCACUGAAAAGCCCUCUUUUGAAGAGUACUUGAAUUUAACAGAUAACUUAGAGUAUCUAAGUUGCAUCAAACAGGAGAAGGGAAAUGACGAAAAGGGCGUUGUUUUCGCCGGCUCGCUAGAACUGGAAAAUAUUCAUGAUGCUUUCAGCAGCGUUAAUAAUUCGCUAAUUACAUAGUCUUGCAUCUUCGCCUAAAUAUACGUCUAAAGAAAAACAUGAGAUAGUUGUAAUUCAUUAAGAUUGCAAAAUAUUUGCCAAGGCCUAAUUUUAAGUGUGUGUUUUUAAAGCCUGGAGAAUGCAUGAAGUACAAACAUUUUAAUGUUCCAACAAUUGUUAGUUUCCUAAAUAUAAAGAUAAAAAUUGCUUUGAAAAAACAACAUAUGGCUAUAAGCGUGACUACGUAAUUGCAAGUUUCGAUUAUUGGUAGAGCCUGGUCGCCGUUCCAUAUAAUAGUUUUAACAUCUGUCUACAUUAAAAAAUGAAAAAACCCCAUAGUGUCAGAAGAAGAAAUUUGUGUUUGCCCUAGGAUCGCAUUGGUAAUAUUUUCAAUAAGCAAGCGGCACUGGCAGGGCAACCUUUACAGUCAUGUGAUCGCAUCUCUGACAUAUUUUGACCCACAACUGGAUAUAUACAUUGUAUAUUGCCCAGCUGAGAGGUUUCGGCCAAUGUUCUGAAUUUUAUACUCUGAACAGUGCUGAAUGAGAAGCUUGAAUGUGUUUCAAAAUGUUUUCUUUUAUCAAAGCAAUUUUUAAUUUUUUAACCAGCAAAAUAUUAUAAAUGAAAACUGUUUAUCAUGUCCAAUGUUUUUAACUCCCUUAUUGUCCAAGCCGGUAGGUUUUUUAUUAUUCUUUAACGUAUCAGGUUUGUAGCACCAAGUGGUUUACAUUUCAUUAGGGACUUUCAAUAUUUAUAAAACAAAUUUAGGAGUAAAUUUUUCCAUUUAGAUUUAUUUGGUAUCUUCAGAUGUUUUGGUGGCUUCAGUUUCAUCUCAAAAGGAAAUUCAACGUCUAAAAUAUAUAGAGACUGAUAUAAUUGUAUUUGAAAAAGAAUUUAUUUAUGUAUUACACUCUAGAACUGUUGAUGGUAGAAUUAUGAGAAUUUAGGUAUUUGACAAAUUUUUUAUGCCGAUCUUUUUCAACUGAAAUUUGAUUCAACAGUCUUCAUCUGCCAUGCACCGGUUAAAAACUCUAUCACCACGGGUACUUUUGGAGUAAAUCGAAAUUUUGCACAUUUGAUAAAUUUGAAACAUUUGUGUUUGAAUUUGCAAUCAGAUCUAAGUUAUAAGAAUUAAAACUUCCCCAUGUGAUGUUACUGCUAGUUGCAAGGGUAACAAGGUAUAAAGGUGUCCAUGAUCUAAUGUAGUGCACCAUAUGCAUGCUGACGCUGUUAUGGCAAAGCCCUUCUGACGAAAAAUCAGUGCAAGGUUUGAAAAACACAACGUAGCACCAACCCGGUUCCAUGUCAGAGGCUUGGUGACUAUUAUCACCAAACACGGGAAGUGCAAUUCGGGAUAUGCUAAGCUUUUCCACCCGCAGAACAAAAGACACAUUAGGGCUACAGUAGAAACCUGCAUAAAAGAACCUGUUUUUAUAAGAACAUUGAGGCUGAAAUUUACCCUUUAAACCCCCAUGAUUAAGAACCCUCAAGAGGCAGAAAUUUGGAAAGGUUCUUAUAUAUACAUAUAUAUAUAUAUAUAUAAGAAAAAAUGGUUUUUGAGCAAAUCAGGUUAUGGUAUGUUGCAUUCUAAUUGGACAAUCUAACAACACAAAUUCAUUAGAUCGGUAGAAAUUUAACUUAAA